AUGCCCACUAUACCUUGGUUCUCCUCAAGUUCGCCGUCACAAUCCAAAGUAUUGCCACCGCCGCCACCACCACCACCUUCGCCACCUCCACCUUCAUCCCCACUCGAACUUAUUGAUCAUUUCCGGUCCAAACUCCAAUCCAUCCCACCCGAAACCCAAACUCUCGUUCUUGGCAGUUUCGCGCUCGGUGCUUUUUCAACUUUUGGAACUAGAUGGACGUAUCUACGGUUGUUCAAGAGGAUACAGAAUUCAGAUUGGGUCACGCCGAGGGAUUUGGAGAGGAAGCGGUGGGUGAAGGGGUAUGUGACCAGCGUUGGGGAUGCAGAUAAUUUUCGAUUCUAUCAUACCCCCGGCUUUGGGUGGAGGUGGCCUUUGAAGUUCAGGUCGAUGCCUUCGACGACUAAAGAUUUGAGAAAUCAGACGCUUCACAUACGUAUGGGAGGCGUCGACGCUCCCGAGGCAGCGCAUUUCGGAAACAUCGCACAGCCCUAUUCUGGAGAAGCCCUAUCAUGGCUAAAACACGAGAUUGAGGGUGAGAUAGUUUAUUGCCAACUACUCAAGAAAGACCAGUACGGCCGAAUUGUCGCAAUGGUCCACCACCCCUCCCGCAUUCCCUUUACCCGUUCCUUCCGAACCGGCCAGUCCCUCUCUAUCCUCAUGCUCCGCUCCGGCUGGGCCGAAGUCUAUCAACAAUCUGGGGCUGAAUACGGGAAAUGGGGCAAGGAACAUUUCCUUGAACUAGAACAGCAAGCGAAGGCUGCUGGGAAAGGGGUUUGGGCUCAGCCUGAUCCGGGCCUUUAUGCGAGUUGGCGUACGGCGAUAACUGGAGAAGUUGAGGAGCGGGUGGAGAGGGAGUCGGCUGCGGAUUAUAAGAGGAGAGUUGCGGCAAUGGAUAAGGAGAAGACGACGGUCGAGAAGGAGAAGCCGAGGAAGGAGAGGGAGAGCAAGAGACCGGGAGCGUAAAGUGGACGAUGCAGGAGGACAUGUUGGGCGAUGGACUGAUAUCAACGUGGUAUUGUAGGCGGCGUGUAUUUGUUGUGACGUCUUCGAGUACUUAGUAAGGGC